AUGUUCUGUGUUGUCGGUUGUGUAGCCCUUCUUGGUUGGAACUUCAUCCUGGGUGAGUUGGGUACUCUUAUUGAUGCCUUUGGAGACGCCUAUGGGACGUGGUGUUCUCUCUGUUUCUCCCUCUGUAUCAAUGCCGGUCAGCUGAUGCUUGUGUGGAUCGGCAAUCGGUUUAAGUUCGGUCCUCGUUUCUAUUCGGGCUGUAUUGGUAUGGGUAUCAGCAUGAUAUUGCUGGCUAUAUGUGCCAUCACAUUUGCCCAGGAUAACCAAUCUGCAGGGCUUGCCGCGGGCUGUAUAUUUGUUGGUCUCUACGGCUUCGCCAACGCUGUGAUGGAGUCCACCAUGUUUGGCUUGGCUGCUCUCGUUGGUCCAGUGUCGACUCAGUUCAUCCUCAUCGGCGAAGGCGUAUCCGGGCUUGUCGCGUGGCCCCUUGAUAGACUCUGUGAGGCGAUUUUCCGUGGCAGUGGUGUGACGGAUUACGCCUACCCUCGUAUGAUACUGUUUUUCGGUAUCGGCAUGAUUGUUAACUUCGCCAGUGUUCCCAUGUAUAAGUAUUCCAUGCAACAUCAUCCUGUGAUCGUGAAGGCUCUCGAAAUUGAAGAGGGCCGACAGGAAUUUAUUCUCAAGAAAAAAUCGACCCGACCAUUAUCCAAAAUUCUACGUGACGUAGCGCCGCAAGCUCUCACCGUUUGGUUCAGCUUUACUAUUUCGUACACUGUUUUUCCGUGGACGGUUUUUGAGAUGAGUCCGUCCUCACUGUCGCCCGUUACAUUUGGUAAACUUAUGACUUACUGCUAUCAAGUAUGUGAUACGAUCGGCCGAGCCUCUCCUUUCUAUCACCUUCGUCUGGGGAAAAGAUAUACGCCUUAUGCUGCUACUGCUCGUCUCAUAUUCAUUCCCCUGUUUUUCCUUUGUAUUCACCUGUCUUGCUCACCCUUCACUCAAGACUGGUUUCAUUUCGUCAUCAUGGCUCUAUUAGGGUUGACCAACGGAAUUCUUGCGGCUUCUUGCAUGAUUUAUGGUCCGACCCAAGUCGACCAGAAUAAGAAAGAGGAACUUGAGAUUGCUGGUUAUGUGAUGUCAUUUGGUCUGAUCUGUGGUAUUCUAACUGGUUCCGUUAUAGCUACGAUCAUUAAGCGCUCGGCUUACAUGUGA